GUCAACUGUGUCAUUCAAAAAUUUAUUUUUCCGUGUUGAGCUCCAAUUGAAUAUUCGGAGCAAAUUUUGCAGUUUUUCGCCUAAAACAACAGGAAAUAGGCCACGGAAAAGUACGAACUAACAAUCUAGCAUCAUGACAACUCUGGAACGGCAUGUUCUGAGCUCGGUCCCAUCGGUUGCCCGCCAGCCCAGCCUGGACGAUAUGAAUUUGGACCAGUUUCUGAAAAUUUCAAACUAUGAAGAUACGGUCAAACAGCUUGACAUUUACUACGGGAUCGUCAAAAGACAAUUGCUCCAGUUUCAGAGUCCAAUAACCGGUCUAUUUCCCGUUUUGAGUAGUGAUCGCGACGUAGGCAGUAUUCGAGAUAGCGUUUAUUGUGCGGCUUCAAUUUGGAGUCUGUACCAAGCCUAUAGGCGAAUCGACGAUGACCGUGGCAAAUCCUACGAGCUCGGUCAAUCGGCAGUUAAAUGCAUGCGCGGUGUGCUUGAAUGUUGGAUCAAACAGGCUCAUCGUGUGGAGAAGUUUAAAUCUCGCCAAUGUGCGAUGAAUGCGCUGCACUGUAAAUUUCAUUUGCACACGGGUGAACAAAUUUAUUCAGAUGAAAAAUACAACCACUUGCAAAUCGAUGUGGUCUCAAUCUACCUCAUUUUUCUCGUUCAAAUGAUAUCCUCUGGGCUGCAGAUUAUCUACACUCAGGAUGAGGUGGCUUUCGUGCAGAAUCUGGUUUACUACGUGGAACGUGCCUACCGGACACCCGACUACGGGAUGUGGGAACGAGGAUCGAAGUACAACGACGGCACACCGGAGAUUCACGCUUCCUCGAUCGGUAUGGCUAAAUCCGCACUGGAAGCCAUCAACGGGUGCAAUCUGUUUGGGGAGAAAGGUGCCUCGUGGAGUGUCGUCUAUGUGGAUAUUGAUGCGCACAAUCGCAACCGAAGCAUCUUCGAAACCAUGCUACCUCGCGAAUCCAGUUCGAAGGGAGUGGAUGCAUCGUUGAUUCCGACCUUGUCAUUUCCGGCGUUCGCUUCGCACGAGGAUCGCCUGGUUGAGAUGACAAAGGCUAAUGUUAUAAUGCGUUUGAAAGGUAAGAAAGGAUUCAAGCGGUUCAGCAGGGAUGGCUACCUUUCGCGGUUGGAGGACAAAACGCGCCGUUACUAUCACAAGGGUGAAAUCAAGGACUUCGAAGGAUACGAGUGUGAGUGGCCAAUGUUCUACACGUACAUGAUCAUCGACGGGGUGUUCAAAAAUAAUUUGGACCAGAUUGAAGAGUAUCAGAUGGAAUUGCGGAAAUGUAUGCAUUCGGAUCAGAAUGGGGAUCCAGUGGUUUCGAUGUGCUACGCACCGGAUGGAGACGGCAUGUUCACUCGGGCUUCAUCCCAGUCCCUGUUUCUCUGGGGUCAAUCAGUUUUCAUUAUCGCACAGCUGCUAACCGCUGGUCUGCUGCACAUCAACGAGUUAGACCCGAUCCGGCGUUAUUUGCCGUCGUACAACCGACCCCGUAAAGCCGGUCGUUAUUCUGCCUUCCAGGCUAAGCCGGGAAUUCGUACACAAAUUGGAAGUGCCCUCGCGGUAAUGCACCGUCCGUUGGCGUUGUCGAAAGUGAUCGAGAGUGAAGUGGUGACGUCCAACGAGCCCAAGGAUUCCGACGUCGAACAGGAUCAGCAGUCCGUGGUGUCCGACGGGUCGGAGAAGCGCGGAACCGCUACCGACUUGGUGGUUCAAAUCGUGUUGAUCACCGAAUCGAUGCGUCUGCAAGCGAUGAUGGCGACCUACGGAAUUCAAACGCAAACUCCAAAUGAGGUUGAACCAGUUCAAAUUUGGUCCUCUACGCAGUUGAUCAACGUUUACCAGCAGUUGGGAGUCAACGAUAAGCUCGGUUUGUCUGGACGACCUCCGCGACCGGUUGGUUCACUCGGAACUAGUAAGGUCUAUCGUAUAUGUGGCAUGACGAUUCUUUGCUAUCCAUUGAUCUUCGAAGUGUCUGAUUUCUAUCUGUACCGUGAUAUGGCUUUGCUGAUCGAUGACAUAAAAACGGAACUCCAGUUUGUGGGUAAAUACUGGCGGUUGUCGGGUAGACCAACGGUUUGUUUAUUGAUUCGCGAGGAGCAUAUGCGUGAUCCUCAGUUCAAGGAAAUGAUCGAUCUGUUAGCCAUGUUGAAGAAGGGAUACUGUGACGGGAUGAAGGUUCGGAUCGGCCGUCUGCAGAAUUUAAUUUCGAGUUCCUGCAUUGAACAUCUGGAUUUCAUGUCCCACUUGGAUUUACCCGAUCCCAGUGAAACAGCUUUCCCCCAGAUUCAUCACGAUUACAUCGGAUAUCAAAGCUUGACGGAUGUUCCCAGAGCGCAAUCGUACCGGGAGAAGAAGAUUAGUGCAGCUGAGUAUCAGACGAAAUCUACGGUCGAAAUUGUCGAGGGACUGAGAAGCACAGAGUCGAUAUUUUUACAAAGUCAAUUGCUAGGAAUUCUACUGCAUCGCGAGGGUGCCAACUAUGAAAUCGCUGGUGAUACGGUUCAUGCUAGGUUAAUCGAUCUUUACAGUCGGGCCGGUACCCUCCGAUACUGGCGGGCUGUUCGUUAUUGCAGUUCUCUUCUGCGUCACAUUGUCGAUUCGAUUUCACCUUUCAUCACAACGGUGCUGGUUAACGGGAAACAAAUAACAGUAGGAGUUCUUGGACAACGAGAAACCGUCUUCGACAAACCGAUGACACCGGAAGAAAUUCAAAACGUAAUGUAUUCGACGGUCCAACCGUACAAUGUGAUCUAUGCCGUUCUGCAGCAGGAGGUGGUGCUUUACUGUGGUCGACUGAUCGCAACCAAUCCGGACAUAUUCAAGGGUAUUUUAAAGAUCCGCGUAGGUUGGGUACUGGAAGCGAUGAGAUUGUAUCUGGUCACGACUGGUGACGAAGGAACUGACAUCGAAAAUCUAUCUCCGUUUCACAUCCGGAAGCUACUGCAAAGGGUUCUAACGGUUAGUGAAUACGCUAGUGACGAAUCUGGUUUCAGUGCUUUGCAGCGUCGCCAGCUUGAAGGAUGUCUGUUCCGCGUGCCGCACUCUUUCUAUAACCACGUGUGGGAUGUUUUGGAACGAACGCCGCUAGGCAUCACCGUACAAGGCCACACGCUUCCAGCAACAACGACUCUUUCCAACAAAAGUCGAAGUGAAUUUUCAUUCGCCUUGCAGGUUGAAGAGAUGCUGAAUAAAAUCGAACAGCCAGAACGACGUCAAAUUGUUGUGGAGCUACUGUGCAUCGUCGCGACCAUAUUGCGACGUAAUCCAGAACUUCGGUUUAAUCAGAUUUUGGAUUUGGACUUCCUACUGGAAGAUUCUUUCGGCAUGUACUGCAAGGAUAAUGAUUUACCGACCACGAAGGAUAUUUCGCCACUUUUCUCACUGUCUCAAAUUCAAACUACCGGCUAUUUGGCUCGGGCAGCGGUCAACAGUGUUCUGAUGCGGUGUGCCCUUGCCUCCGACAUUUUUGCUGAAGAUGUUGAAGAUCACUGCCGGGUCCAGUGAACAAAAGACACGUUAGUAGUUAAACGGCCAUGUAGAAGUAGGUUUUACCUUUUUUUGACUGUAUUUUAUGUGAAACUUAACGAUGAAGUCACUUAAGUUUUGUUUGAUCUGUUUCCAAAGAAAAUUUUAUCAACCGUUUCUAUGAUGUUUUAGCCAUUUAUACUGAUCGAUAGGUAUAAGCUUUUGAAGCCUUCAAAGUGAAACUUGCCGUUUUAUAACUUACUCAUAGAAUCUUAUUAAUAAUAGAUUUACAAAUUGUAUUACCAAAUCAA